CACUGCACUUCCCACAGCUGAGCUGCUCUGCUUCAACUUUCAGCUCAGAAUUAUAUCAAUUAAUACGAUAAAUUGACUGUAACUGCGAGUUUUGGAUUGAAAUCUAGGUGCUUGGUCGCUUCAUUUCCUCUCUAACAGAUAUAAAGAGUAGGUACAGCGCACGACGAAUGGAAAAGUAGAUAUGAUAAAGUCCACCGCAGGACUGCUGAACUAGUGUUUUGCAAAGAGACAAGGGAAAACCGUUUGUCUUAAGAUGCUGCAACUGCGAAAGCUCGGGAGGUCUGGAGGAAGCGGACCUGAGAGAGCGCAUAGGAUCUGCCUGCCCUUCAUCCUCCUGCUGCUUAUGUUCACUCCGAGAGUGGAUUCGUCCUGGUGGUACAUUGGUGCACUUGGUGCACGGGUCAUAUGUGACAACAUUCCUGGUCUGGUCAACAAGCAGCGGCAGUUGUGCCAGAGACACCCAGACUUAAUGCAGUCCAUUGGCGAGGGAGCCAAAGAAUGGAUUCAUGAAUGCCAGCACCAGUUCCAGCACCAUCGUUGGAACUGCAGCACGCUGGAACGAGACCACAGUGUCUUUGGUCGCGUCAUGCUCCGAAGUAGCCGUGAAGCAGCAUUUGUGUAUGCGAUCUCCUCUGCUGGAGUAGUGUAUGCAAUCACUCGAGCCUGCAGCCAGGGGGAGCUCAAGAGUUGCAGCUGUGACACCCAAAAGAGAGGAAGCACACGUGAUGAAAUGGGUGACUUUGACUGGGGUGGCUGUAGUGACAACGUGAAUUAUGGUAUUAAGUUCGCCAAAGCCUUUGUGGAUGCCAAAGAGAGAAUGGUAAAAGAUGCCCGAGCACUGAUGAACCUGCACAACAACCGCUGUGGCAGAAUGGCAGUUAAGCGCUUUAUGAAACUGGAAUGCAAGUGUCAUGGCGUCAGUGGCUCGUGCGCUCUGCGGACAUGUUGGCUCGCCAUGUCUGAUUUCCGGCGCACAGGAGACUACUUGAGGAAGAAGUAUAACAUGGCGGUGGAGGUCACAAUGAACCAGGAUGGCACAGGGUUUAUGGCGGCAGACAGGAACUUCAAAGGAACGACCAAAAACGAACUGGUGUAUGUGGAAAACUCUCCAGAUUAUUGCCUCAUGGAUCGAACUGCAGGUUCUUUGGGCACAGCAGGGAGGGUGUGCAAUAAAUCUUCCAAGGGCAUGGACGGCUGCGAAGUCAUGUGCUGUGGUCGUGGAUAUGACACCACCCGGGUUAAACGAGUCACCAAGUGUGAGUGCAGAUUCAAGUGGUGCUGCUCGGUGGAGUGCCAAGACUGUGAGGACACUGUGGAUGUUCACACUUGCAAACCACACAAGCGCCCAGAUUGGCUAGACCUUACUUGAUUUCUGUGGAUGUGGCCAAUUAUUUCACAAUUUUCUCUUCUCAGGAAACCUACAUGGACCAAAGAAUUGUAGGUUGCAUGGUCUUGGUUUACUGGUCUCCAUGCCAACAGUGCAGAAAUAAAAAUGUUCUUUAAUCAACAACAUUGCUAUCAAAAGGACCUCAGAUAAGAGCAAAGAAACUGCUGCUUUAACAUGUACAGAUCCAAUUUUUACAACUUCUUUUGUUAUUUGUGAAAACUGGGGACUUGACACUGGACACAAUGCAUCAUGAUUAUUAUCUGCAGCAACUGUGUGAAAAUAAAAGAGGACUUCUUCAAAUGGAAACUGACUGGAAGCAUACACUCCUGUAUAAUUUGUACACUAAAAAACAAAUCUGCAAGAAGAGCUCAUACGUUUUUUUUGGUACACGGAAGGAUGCAGCAUUUAACACGAGGCAACGCGAUAGUUACGUUUCUUCGAAAGUCUUUGCAGUUUAACAAAUUUGACAAAUACAGGAAGAUCAGAUUCCCUGUAAACAGUUUAGUCAUUAUACCUUAAUAAGAUGUUUUUACUUUAACCUUUUGUUAUUGAAACUGAAUAUCUAAGCACUUAAGCAUAAUUUUAUAUGUAAGCACUUUUUUGUGACUGUUUAUAUAAGACUGUGAUCAUAGGUGGUUCAUGUUUAGAUUCUCUCAGAAAUUGAAUAUUGUUUACAUUGAAUUAAAUUGAAAAAAAGAAAAACUAAUCUGACAUACAGAUAAAAUGUCAUUCCGUUUAAUUUCAGAGCCAAGACUGUCCUGAGACAUUGGGUUGAUAAUGGACUGGAUAUGAUUUAUUUUGCUUUCAAUGACACAGGGAUGUAUUUCAUGCAGUGGAAUGUGUACGGUGUUGACUGGCUUGACAUCAUUUGGACGUGAAUACAGGACACAGCUUAUCCUUAGGCAAGCCCUUGAUGUUUGACAUAACUUGGCAGCAGUCGAUUGCAGAGUGCUGUUCAUCUACAAGGAUAUCAGUAAUGGAGAAGCAUUAGACGAGAAGUAUUAGACAAUAUUCAGUACUAUUAUAUCACCAUUAUAUUGUGAAUGGAAAAAAGGGCCAACAGUGCAUCCUUGUGCAUUUCAUACACCCCACACUAAAACACACCUGCAUUUAUUAACUGAAUUACACAGUAGUUCCUAUAUUGUAUACUUGUUUUAAGAUAGAUAGAAGUGAUUAUUGUCCAUCCGUCUUAACAGUUCUUAGUUUUUGUCUUCAUGCUACACUAAAUGUGAUACUAAAUGUCAAAUCCUUACCAUAUAAAGUUAUAGUGUUCCAAUGAUUGAGUAGUAAAAAUAGCCAUGGCAUGGCUAUGGCAAUCUGUCUGUUUCUAAAUGUGUUAUUAAGAUGGAUGAGCAGAGUCAGGGCUUUGGCAUACUAGUGGUGUCAUGUACAAGAUGAGGAGACUUGUGCUGUUCUGAGUUAAGCUGACUGGAAAGUUUUUUUUAAUGAAAAAAAUAUGAAAAUAUAAUCAAUAAUAAAGAAAAACAAAAGUGUAUUUAAAAAUAAAUCUGUUAGUAUUCCCAAUUGCUCGAUUGCUUAUAGCUUAUUGAUUUUUUUCUUUCAGGAUCUUAACCAAACGAUGUCUCUUUUUCC